AUGCAACCUUUUUCAAUUGUGGAGGAUAGAGGCUUCAGGAGAUUCAUACAAGCUCUUGACCCUCGAUAUGAGAUUCCAGGGAGGAAAAAGAUUACACAAGUCAUCAUUCCUAGACUUUACAAGAAAGAAGAAGCUCUCAAGAAGGAGCUGGAGAAUACCGAGCACAUCGCUCUAACUACAGACGAAUGGACGUCUAGAACAACCAAAGGGUAUAUGGCAGUCACUGCCCACUUUAUCGACAACAACAUGACAAUGCAGUCAAGAGUUCUUGAGAUAAGGAGUACGAAUGCUGCACUUGCAUUUGAAGCGGAACAAAGAAAGGAGAUAGAAAAUGGAGAGCACUUUUCACAAAUGGAGAAAGAUGAAGAACAUUCACAGAUGGAAGACUCCGCAGAGCACCGGAUUGUUGAUGCUCCAAAGAAACUCAUACAAGAAGUUAAAACGAGGUGGAACUCCACAUACUACAUGCUGGAGAGAUUCUCCAAUCUUUACAAGUCUGCGAAUCGAGUACUGGCAGACCACAUGAGACAUGAUCUUCCACUCAACAGGAUGGACUUAGACCUCAUCUUCACAGCAGUCGAAGCCCUGCGGCCAUUUGAAGAGGCAACGAGAGAAAUGUCGGGGGAGAAAUUCACCACGAUAGCAAAGGUGAUCCCUAUGAUCCGUGGCCUGAAAGAGCAGAUGUCAAUCAAGUUGAAGAAAAAGAACUGCCCAAUGGCCAAAGAACUUCAAACACAACUUCAACAAAGAUUUAGUUGUCCUGAGGAAAGCUUCAUUUGGGCAGCAAGCACUUUCUUAGACCCUCGGUUUAAGAAACUACCUUUCAAAGACCAGAAUCAGAAGGAAAUGUUGGAAACUGUAAAGAGAAGGCUGUCCCAACAGUUUCAACCUCCAGAUCCUGAAGAAGUCCAACCAGAGGAAGCAGUCCGUCCGCAAGUGCCUGUGUAUAAAAGAAAAGACUCAAUUUGGGCGAGUCAUGACGAGGCAGUUGAGAGUCAGCAACAGAUAGUGGAGCAGCCCACUGUGAGACCAGUGAUGGAAAUGGAUAAGUAUGAAAAAGAAACUUCUGCCCAGAGCAAAAAACCCCUUGUCCUGGUGGAAAAUGAACGGCUGCACGAUGCCAGGAAUGGAAAAGCUCGCCAAAACGUAUCUAUCAUGCCCUGCUACAAGUACACCGAGCGAGCGCCUUUUUUCUAA